AUGGGAUUCUCAAAAUUCAACCCGUUUAAGACGGACAACCAAAACUUCCCCAGUGUUGUUAUUCCUCUUGCCGAUGCACCUGCCCACUCACCGGAUCUCUCAGAGAAGGAUAACAAGGGGUUUAAUAGCGCUUCUUCUUCAGAAAAUGGUGUCGCUUCGCCUAAUGAUUCGACCACUCUGACCCUCGAAGCCCUCCGCGCAGAAGUUGAGGCCGAUAUUGCCACAUCUAGUCACGAUUCUGCCUAUGACCGCAAGGCGAAGGUGAUCAAUAGGGCCCUGUCGGAUAUCGGCAUGGGUAAAUACCAGUGGCAACUGUUCUUCCUUUGCGGAUUUGGUUGGACUGCAGACAACCUCUGGCUUCAGGGAGUUGCCCUAACCCUGACCCCCAUCUCCUAUGAAUUCGGACUCUCCGGUACGUGGGUGCGUUUCACCACCUGCGCUCUGUUCUUGGGUCUCUGUAUCGGUGCCUCAUUCUGGGGUGUUGCGUCUGAUAUCGUUGGCCGUCGUCUGGCUUUCAAUAUGACUUUGUUCUUGGCUGGUGCUUUUGGUCUGGCUGCCGCUGGCGGUCCCAAUUGGAUCGGCACAUGUGCUCUGUAUGCUUGCUUGGGUCUUGGUGUGGGUGGUAAUCUGCCCGUCGACGGCGCUCUUUUCCUAGAGUUCCUGCCUUUUGUUUCUGGCAAUCUGUUGACCAUGUUGAGUGUCUGGUGGCCCGUUGGCCAGCUGAUCGGUAGUUUGCUUGCCUGGGCCUUCAUUCCCAACUUCAGCUGCACUGAUUAUGAAGGCUGCACGAAGGAGAACAACAUGGGCUGGCGCUACCUGGUCGUCACCCUGGGUGCUAUCACUUUCGUCAUGUUCAUUCUGCGAUUCUUUUUCUUCCACCUGUACGAGUCCCCCAAGUACUUGCUCUCCCGUGGACGUCAGGAAGAAGCCGUUGCCUCGAUCCACGGCAUCGCCUACAAGAACGGCACUAAGACCUGGUUGACCAACGAAAUCCUCAACGAAAUCGGCGGCCACGUCGACGUCAGCGAUAGCAGCGCAGGACUCACCUACACCCAAAUCGUGGGCCGCUUCUUCUCCAAGUUCUCCAUGGAGCGCAUCGCCCCUCUCUUCGCUACCAAGCGCAUGGGCUUCAACACCGCUCUCCUCUGGUUCUGCUGGACCACCAUCGGCAUGGGCUACCCUCUCUUCAACGCCUUCCUGCCCCAGUACCUCUCCCAGUCUGGCGGCGAGACCAACUCCAACUACACCACCUACCGCAACUACGCCAUCACCUCCAUCGUCGGUCUCCCCGGCUCCAUCCUGGCCUGCUGGACCGUCGAGAUCAAGUACAUCGGCCGCAAAGGCACAAUGGCCUUCUCCACUCUGAUCACCGGUGUUUUACUCUUCUGCUUCACCGCAUCCACCAACUCCGACAUCCAGCUCCUGUGCAGCUGUCUCGAAGCCUUCUUCCAGAACAUCAUGUACGGUGUCCUGUUCGCUUACACCCCCGAGACCUUCCCCGCCCCGUUCCGCGGUACCGGAACCGGUAUCUCCAGCUGCUUGAACCGUAUCGCCGGUCUCUGCGCACCUCUCGUCGCCAUCUACGCCGGUAGCUCCGACCCCAAUGCGCCCAUCUAUGCCUCCGGCGCGUUGAUCCUGGCUUCCUUCGUGGCAAUGUGUCUCCUGCCCAUCGAGACUCGGGGCAAGCAGUUUCUGUAA